UUGGGGCCCGCCCGCCAACUCAAGUAGCAUCGGUGAAUGGAGGGAAAUAAUCCUGCAUCACAGCAGAGCAGCAGAGCCGAGCAACGCUGCAUGUGGAUGCAGGGCAUCCUGGGAUCCAUCCUACCUUUAUCUGCACGACGCAUCCACAUCAACUACAACCUGACGGAAGCACGAGAACACCAUGGUGCACCCCUCGCCUGCUCGACGCGCUGCUCCGGGGCGUUUAGGGGACCCUGGAGUGUGGGCAUUGUGACGUUCACUUGCACUUGUGUUGACUUUAUUGUUCCCUCGGCCGAGACACAACACGGCACAGCAAAAUGUUGAGUCGAUUCGUGAGUGGCAGCAUCAGGAAUCUGGAACGGGAAUACAGCUGCACCGUCAGGCUGCUGGACGACUCUGAAUAUACGUGCACCAUUCAGACUCAUCUUUGUUGUCCCAUGAGGAGGUGUGAAACCGAUGCUGCAGUUCCGUAACAUGCCCGCGAUGCUAAAGGACAGUAUCUGUUUGACCUCAUCUGCCACCACCUCAACUUGCUGGAGAAAGAUUAUUUUGGCAUCCGAUAUGUGGACCCAGACAAGCAGCGGCACUGGUUGGAGUUAACACGCUCCAUUUCUAAACAAAUGAAAUCUCAGCCUCCGUUCACCAUGUGUCUGCGAGUCAAGUUCUACCCUCCAGAUCCCGCUGCUCUCAAAGAGGAAAUCACACGAUAUCUCGUAUUCCUGCAAAUCAAAAGGGACCUUUACCACGGCCGGCUCCUGUGUAAAACCUCGGAUGCUGCCUUGCUGGCAGCCUACAUCCUUCAAGCUGAGAUCGGCGAUUAUGACCCCGGGAAGCAUCCUGAAGGUUACAGCUCCAAAUUCCAGUUUUUCCCCAAACAUUCGGAGAAACUGGAGCGCCGGAUCGCAGACAUACACAAGACGGAGCUCAUUGGACAGACACCUGAAACAUCAGAGCGUAAUUUCCUGCAGAAAGCCCAGAUGCUGGAGACAUAUGGUGUUGAUCCACAUCCAUGCAAGGAUGUGUCGGGGAACCCGGCUUUCCUUGCCUUCACACCGUUUGGUUUUGUGGUUCUGCAGGGAAACAAGAGAGUGCAUUUCCUUAAAUGGAACGAGGUGACCAAACUGAAGUUCGAGGGCAAGACGUUUCACAUUUAUGCAAACCAGAAGGAGGAAAAAAAGAUCAUCCUAACGUACUUUGCACCCACACCAGAGGCAUGCAAGCACCUUUGGAAGUGCGGCGUGGAAAACCAAGCCUUCUAUAAGCUGGAGAAGUCAAGUCAGGUGCGCACGGUGUCCAGCAGCAACUUGUUCUUCAAGGGCAGCCGUUUCCGCUACAGCGGUCGGGUGGCAAAAGAGGUGAUGGAGCAGAGUGCCAAAAUCAAACGGGAACCUCCAGAAAUACACAGGGCUGGCAUGGUUCCCAGCAGGAGUUGUCCAUCCAUCACUCAUGGACCUCGUCUCAGCAGUGUCCCACGCACACGCAGGAGAGCUGUGCACAUAUCUAUCAUGGAGGGUCUGGAGUCGCUACGUGACAGCGCCCACUCCACCCCGGUGCGUUCCGUGUCCCACGGCGAGGCGUUCAUCCCCCGCUCCCGCAGCCAGGCCACGGACGCCAGCGAGGGAACGGCGGUGAUCUCCGACGAGGCGUACAGCCCCUUGGACAGCGUCCUGCCCACUCCGGUGACCGAGCACGGCACAGGGGAGCUGACCAGCUCACGUCAACUCAUCAACGGGGCGCCCUGCAGCAUCGAGGAGGAGAAGGAGUCGGAGGCGGGGACCCCCACGCACGGGGAAGGGGGAGAUUUUGACGCUCGAGAGGGGGCCGCCAGGGGAGCCCUCGGCGAGGUGGAACAGGUGAAUAAGUUCGUCUUAAGUGUCCUCCGUUUGCUCCUCGUCACCGUCGGGCUCCUCUUUGUCUUGCUCCUCCUCCUCAUCGUCCUCACCGAGUCCGACCUUGACGUGGCUUUUUUACGCGACAUCCGGCGGACUCCCGAAUUCGAGCAGUUCCAUUAUGAAUACUUUUGUCCCCUCAGGCGGUGGUUUGCCUGCAAGCUCCGCUGGGUGGGCGGGUUGCUCGUUAACAAGUGAGAGGUGGUUUAAAAAAACAUCACGUGACUCGUCGCCCUCCUGCUGCUUGGACCACCUUGGCGACCAGGUUCUCUCUCCUCCCUGUCCCACUUUCAGUUCAACACCACCUCCCACCUCAGUUUCUUAUCUUUUUUUUUAAACAAAUCAUCUUUUUUCCCCUCCUUUUCGCAUUUUUACUGAGAGGAAUGAGCAUUGCCUUCAUGUGUUAUUUUUUGAUUUGUAAAAGAAAAACACUGCAAUCCAGGAUGGGCAGAAUAGAAGUGAGAUGUGAGGUCUGAUGAUAUCGAGUCAUAGAAAGUCAAUGAAGGUUGUUACAAAAGAGAUAAAUGCCUUUUUAUUUACCUGUAUUUAUAUUUUUAGAAGACUGGUUUGGAUGAUUGCUUGUAAGAGGACACACUUGAGCGUUAAGGUCAAAAGUUUACAUACACUCAUCAUCAAUAUGGAUGUCACAUUCAUUUUGGGCUCAGUCAUUUAUUUGAACCGUUCUUUUUACAGGGUGCAAUGAUUAUACAUGAUUUAAAAAAACUUUAUUUUUUUAAAGUUUACAGUAUUUUGUCUAAUUUACACAGGCUCUACAGGCUACAUAUAGUUAGCGAAAUAAUGAAUCUUAAUGUCUUAUUCAUUAAAAAAAAAAAGAUUUUUGAAAUCAAGAAAUCUUUUCAAAUGUUAUUUUAGAUUUUCUCUAAUUUACACGGGGCCAGAAGUAUAAAUAAAUGCUCAAAUAUAUACAGUCACCUAAAUAAUAAAUAAUUUAUUUGAACUGUUCUUUUAACAGGGUGCAGUGAGUAUGAUUUCUAAAACAAAGAAUGUUUAACCUUUUUUUUUUUUAUUUACACAUGGACAAAAAAUGUAAAUACAGGCACAAAUAUACCCAUACAGUCACCUAAAAUAAUAAAUCACAGGCUCCAAUGGCUUAUUAAUUAUGCGCUCUUAAUGAUUUACUUGAACUGUUCUUUUUACAGAGUGCAAUGAUUAUACAACAUUACUUUUAAAAACAAUUUUUGUCUAAUUUACACUGGUUCAGAGUUAUAUAUCGAGGCUUAAAUACUCUAUAUCAGAGGCCUCAAACACAAUUUACCUGGGGGCCCGCUGGAGGUAGAGUCUGAGUGAGCUGCAUCAAGUAUUGGGAGUAGGGCUGGGAAUCUCGGGGUACCUCACGAUACGACACGCGAUACAUGCCUCACAAUAACAAUAAUAUCUUGAUACAGUAAUAGGGUGAAUCAAAUAAAUAAUUUUGCAGUUUAUAUUUUGCUGCUUGCAGCUGGGAUAGGCUCCAGCUUACCCGUGACCUCAAUGAAGACCAGCGGUAUAGAAAAUGGGUGGAAUUUUUUUUUACCACAUUUUUAAGCGACUCACUUAUAGCUCAGUGUAGGCUGAUGUGUGCAUCCUAUGAGUAACAUUGGCUUGGCGCAGGCCGUAUUACAUCUUUGAAGACAAGUAGCAGGCCGCAAAAUGUGACUCGGUGGGCCGCAAAUGGCCCACGGGCCACGAGUUGGAGACCCCGUGCUCUAUGUACAUACAAUCACCUACUGUUUUCAGUAACUGGUGCUGAAGGUUGAAGAAUGUCUUAACUCGAUAAGGCCAAGCUCAACAUUCUGGAGCCUUCAGCCCCACUUAAGGUGACUGUAUGUACUGUAUGCAUAAUUCGGACGCUGUUGAAGUGGGAGAAAAUGCAAAAUAAAUGAAAAAUAUUGCCCUCAGUUGUUGUUGUUAAAAAUCCUUGAAGAUUUAUGUUGUAUAAUCAUUCCACCCUUGAAAGGGAACGACUCAAACCAUGAAUGAUUCAAAAUGGAUAAGACAUUCAAGCCCAUGAUGCGCGCUUGUAAAACAUACUGUAUAUCUAUACUGAUGUAUGGUGAGGCCACACGUAUAGCAGAGGAAUGAGUAGCUAAUAUCCUAGAUAGAUGUGCAAUGCUCAUAACGUGAAUGUGUUUUAUUAAUUCUAUUCAUUUGCAUCAUUUUUCAUGACCUUGAGAUUCAAUGAAUUUCAAUUAUUUCUUACUAUGAAGAUUUAUUUUGUUUUAACAAAAAAAAAAAUCAAGGUUUAGGUUUAUUGUAUUAUACUAUUAGACGAUAAGAUGUACUUUUGUUGUACAAAAUAAGUUGGUUUCCUAAUAUAUUGACAGCUCCUAUAUGUAUAUUUUAACAGGAGGCAAAUAUUAUUUUGUUAUUGAAGACGAGAAAUUAUACUUUUUGUAGCGCACUGGUUCAAGUAGAGGACGGAAGCAUUCAUGGAGAUUAGAAGGCUGUUGUGUACCCCUUCAGUCACAAUGCAACCCCAAAUAGUUAACAAGAACAUAUGGUGGUCUAAUACUCAUGUUUGAUUUAAAAUGUAUUUUAAAAAAUCAAUGAAAUAAAAAAAAUAGCCAUCUACUUGAAAUCUCUUUAAAAAAAAUUAUACACAAAUUUUGAUAUUUGGUAAAAAUGAAUGACUUAAGUACAUUUAUUUUUGAAACUGUUCAUGAACUUAUUGGCAGAUAUGAAUUCUUUGAAAUAACUCCACUUAAUUGAGCAGAUGUUAAAAACAACAAAUAUAAUUAAUGGGAAUGUAAAUUACAUAAAAAAAAUACAAAUGAAAAAGUAUUGGCAAAUAUAAAAAUGACUCAUGUAAACAAUUGUCAUUUAAAUAUUUGUUUUUCAACAAAUAAAAAUUUGGGGAAAAAAUGAAUUAACGAAAGUUAAAAUAUGAUAGUAUUAUCUCAAACAAAAAUGAAAAACUGCGGCUCCACUGGGAGAACCUUCAAAUGUGGUAAAUUAAAUAUAAAAGAGUUUAAAACCCAAAUAUAUCAUUAUAAGACAUCAAUAUAAUGAACAAAAAACAUGACAUUUUUUGGUCCACGUCUGACUUUGGAGGUUGUUUAGUCUAGUUUGACCUCCCUCUACUUUGACAGCUAGGGGGAGCAAUAACUUAACACAAAAUCACCACCCACCUGUACUAAGUGUAAUGUUAGUCUGUUUCUAUGUUGGAACUGGAAAAACAAAUCCCUUUAUGUCCCCGUUUUGCAUAAAGCUACCUAACGAGUGAAGUUGCCAUUGGAUCUACUCCUUGCAUAUUUGUCCUAAUGAAGUGAAUUGAGGGGUUGGUUGUCUAUCAGCGUUCUAAUGAUGUAGCGUCUCAAGACAGGCAACUUUAGAUAUUAAAAGAAAGGCACUAUUCACGAAGCAAUAAUGGGUGAAAUAAUAAAGCAAAAACAAAAAAAAAAGUGAGCCAUGAUAGAAUUAUAACCGUGUUUAAUUUUUUUGUUUUGUUUUUUUUGUUGUCCCUCACAAUUGGAUCUAUUGUGGCAAAGAUGGAUGAAUAAGACUACUGAUGGUAUUAAACAGUCUUAAAUGUUGCAUAUCAUGACUUUAUUUUCGCCAUACAUUGGCUUUAGUCAUGUUCUUUUUUCAAAUGUAGCUGUUCAAUUUGAAAACGCACAGAAAGGUAGAAGUGGGUUCAAUGUGUUUGGAAUGGACUUAAAACAGACAUCUUGUACAAUGUGAUGUAUAAACUACCUUGUUUUAUUGAGUCUGGAAACUGUUUUGUUUUUUUUGUUUCAAAUUAUUUUAAGAGCGGUGUUCUUGUUAUUUGGUUUCCUCUAAAAUGUGACAGUCCCUUUUAGUGACAAAAAAAGCACAUUUUAGAGGUUUAAACGUCCCAAAAAAAAAAAAAAAAAAAAAAAAAAAAAAAAGCAUCCUGGUCCCCCCCGUGAUUGAAUAUGUGUAAACCCCCUCCUCAAAGAGCGUGCACGUUGAGGAAAAAGGUGGCGUACUAUGUUCUCUCUCCUGGGAUGAUGAGAUGAAGUCAUGUUCCGUUAUACAAUUUGUAUAUACCUGUGCCAAACGCAGUUGUUGAUCCACCUGUUUGUUCCUUAGCUGACCUUCUCUCUCACCAGUAGUCCUCUGUAAACUUGUGCCAUGACAGCAAACUAUUCAGACUUGAAAUAAACACAGAUUUUAAACCUUU